AUGGACAAGCCUGCCGCGCUGACCGCUGAGGAUCUGGGAUUGAGCGGAUUGCGUGAAGAGGAAGAAAUCUUGGACGUUCUCGAUCUGCCGCAGCUGCACCUCAGGCCGUCCGCGCACGCAUUGCUGGCCACCCUCGCCGACCUGAGCUCUGAGCCGCCCUCAUGGGACACGACCAGAAGCGGCACCCCUCGGUCGCCAUUGAGCGGUACCUCUACGCCUUACCGCAGAAAGAGAAAGGUUAUUCGGAAUGAGGGAGUACCUCGAUACCUCACGAAGAUCGUCUCAAGCCCUCUGGCUUGGAUUGAGGACGAUGAUCAGAAAGAACAAAUAUGGGAGGCCGCGUCGCAGCGACUCUCAGAGCGGAGCGGGAGGUCAGCCAUGGGCGCUAUCAGUCGGACGUUUGUCAUUGAAAUGCGCUCUGCCAGCAGGAACCCGUCAUCGAGUGCAGAUGUACUGUUGAAUCCCGAUCCAGAAAACAACCUGGAGUUGACUCUGCAUGAACCAGCGCUAACUUCGGACAACCUGGGCUUGAAGACUUGGGCCUCUUCCUACUUGCUGGCGAAGCGCAUUGCAGCCAUGCCAUCGAUACCGCAGAAAGCCACCAUUCUGGAACUUGGUGCUGGUACUGGGCUUGUUGGCCUUGCAGCCGCCGCCGCAUUCCAGACCCACGUGAUCCUCACUGACCUGCCAGCGAUUGUCCCCAACCUGGAGCGCAACGCACGUGCCAACGCUGCUGUGCUCUCUGCCUACGAUGCUAAGACGGAUGUCGCUGUCCUGGACUGGACUGACCCAAGUGCUUUCCAUAUCGAGGGAGUUCACCAUGGAGGAGCACACUCGUUUCCCUUGAUUCUGGCAGCAGAUCCAAUCUAUAGUGCCGACCACCCCGGUCUUCUUGUCCAUGCCGUCGAGCAUCAUCUAAGCAAAGAAUCCACGGCACGUGUGGUCGUCGAGAUGCCACUGCGCGAUGCAUAUAAUGCCGAGCGUGAAGACUUUCGCACACGGAUGGGCGACAUUGGGUUGUCAGUCCUUAAGGAAGGCGAAGAGACCGGUCUGGACGACUGGUCAAGCGGCAACGAUGAUGAGCUGAUGGAGGUCCGUUGCUGGUGGAGCAUCUGGGGAUGGCGAUAA